ACCUUUUAGGCGCGACGCCUCAGCCGAAACAGGAUCUAUGGCAAAGGAAUCAGAAGAUAAGCCACGAAGCAGUGCAGAGGCUCAAGCGAGUAUCUCAGAGGCACAACUUUGUGAAGACCUGCAUGACCUGGCAUCGCAAUGGAGGCAACUAGGCGUCCAACUCGAAGUUCCACAAGCAACGCUUAACAAGAUACAGGGAGGGAAAAACAUCUGCCCGGAGUGCCUAGAAUGUAUCAUCGAGGAGUGGCUCAAUAGUGACGGGGAGCACACUAAAACAAGGCUGGUGGAAGUGCUGGGGAUGAAAUCACUUGGAGAGCUCACCUUGCUGACCGUAUCUCAAAGUCAGAUGACAAAGAUAUUCCAAAAAAUUUUGAUGACAAGCCGAAAUCGACGCGUAUUCUCUGUGAGAAACUAAGCGAGAUUGCAAACAUGUAUCCUGCUCUUGGCUUACAGCUGUUAGGCAGCACAAAUGCAGUUAAGAAAAUCCAGAAGAGAGUGAGGGAUGUGCAGAUGUAUCUGGAUGACAUGAUUGGAGAAUGGUUCAGUAACUACCAAGGGGACAAGUGCUCAUUUUUGUUGAAGGCCAUCGGAAGCGACACCAUAAGCAAUCGGGCACUUGCAACUAGGUUGGAAAAGGAAUGGAGAGAGAAAGGAUUCUGUAAGUCACUUCACCCAUACUAUUGCAGUCGCCCAUAGCAAGAUUUCUCUCUCUCCAAACGUGCGCUGAAGAACUCAGC